UCACAUUUAACCAGCAACAGGUACUGAAAAUAAAAUGUCGCAGAAAACCCGAAGAAUGCCAUUUCCCAAAUCAGUCACGAAAUUAAGGAGCAAACAAAUCAUUCUCUCUGCUCAACAAUUUCAAAGAAAAACAUUUUGAUGUGCCUCAAGAUGGGAGAGGUAAGAUUGCAGUCCAAGACGAGCAGCUUUGUCCAACAAGGAGGAGAAAUGACUGAACAACUUAGAAAAACUCAGAGGAGAUGGCGAUUGAUCUAGUCGUUUGGUGAGAAGACAGAAUGCAAGCAAUGCCUUGAGAUAAAGAACAGCUGUCAUGAAAGAAGACAAAUGUAUUUGAGGGAAGGCUUACAGCAAUGAAAAACAAGUUGCUCCAGUGGGAAUCCAAGUGGAAAGUGGACAUAUACUACAAUGUGAACCUUAGGUAGUUAUCAUUUCUUUGCCUCCCUCAUCCAUUAAAUUGCCAUUUAAGCCUAACUCUUAAGUGUCAAAAUAAUAAAUGCAACUUUUUUCCGAAGUUCUCUUGUGAAUACAGUCACAAUAAGGUAGAGAGCAGCAUUUUAAAAUAGUUUUUCCUCACUUUUGGAACCCAGGAACCCAGGAAGGGAGAACGGCACCCAUUUUAAAUCAUGUAACUUUCCCAUAUUGAUCCAUGGCAAGAUAACAAGCGUUGGCUUUGUGUUUGUGAGCAAACCACAGCAGCUUGUCUUGUCUGUGCCGAUGUGGAAUUUGAAGGAGAAUAUCUCUCCCAUCAAGACUCCAACCAGAAAAAAAGACACCUGUAAUAAUACAAAGCAAUAAAAUAGAUGUUCUCCAUUAAAUAAGGUCAUAGUUUAAUUCUGCUGUUCUGAGCUAUCGCUUGCCCAUACACUGGCCUUAAGAAUUACCUGCCCCUCAGGAACUUUAUGACAUCCUUACAGAGCAGGUCAGCAUUGAUACUCAUGCUGAGGAUUGUGGCAAUACUUGGGUAUUGUGCACUUUGAAAAAGCUAGACAUUUUUCAUGGAAGGGUCUAUCAUUUGAGAACCUAGUGUGUUUUUUAUCGGUCAUUCUUACACAAUCCUAUUAGGCACCCUAAAUUAUGUAGAGCAAAGAACACAAUGCUGCAACAUGACAAAUCCCUAUUGAAAAGACAUGUUGUUUUUGUUUAGAUAUUCUUAGAUCUUCUCUAGCAAGAAAGAUAUUUGGCUUUGUGGCUUUGAAAAAUCGGUUGUUUGCUGGCAGUAAUUAAUACAGAAUAGAAGAAAGUGUUGGUCGGGGGAUGGGAUGUUUACAUACAUGUCCAACUCAUCUUUUUAUGGUUGGCCCAUAAAGAACUGCCUGUUGCCAUAUCUGAAGACUAAUCCCUCCCAUUUUUAAAUAGAGAUUAAAUUUAGUAUACAAAGAUGUUGCUGAUUAUUUCUAAUCAGUUUGAUACCCCAGUCCUACAUUGCUGGCCAUGUGCAUUUUUUUACUACAGUGUUCCCUCACUUAUCGCUGGGGUUAGGUUCCAGGACCACCCGCAAUAAGUGAAAAUCUGCGAAAUAGGGACACUAUAUUUAUUUUAAUAUUUAUACAUUACUUUAAUAGUUAUACACUAUUUGAAGUCUUUAUCAACCAAUCGUGUGUUGAUAAAUUGCCUCCUUCUCCUCCUGUUGCCACUUGGGCUCCUUUUCUCUCCCUUUGGCUUCUCCUUCCUCCCUUCCUUAGGAUGUAAAUUGUAAUUUUUUAUGAUUUAUAAUAGCCUUUUAGAGUUUAUCGAAAAACCGUGAAACAGCGAAUCCGCAAAAAGUGAACUGCGAAGUAGUGAGGGAACACUGUAUACCCAUUCUCUCUCCUAACCUUACUCUUCUCCCUUCCACUGGCCUUUGCCUCUUACUAUGGCUACAUUCUACUCAGUCCUCACUGUCCUUAAGCUACUGUCCUUUCAAUCCUGUGGCUCCAACUUUAAUAGACCCAUACAUCUUCUGCUUCACAUAUUCUAUGUUUUUUGGAUUCUCUGGUUCAGCCAAUCUCUGCCAGAGGCUUUGCUGUUGCUCCUCUUCCCACAGGAAUAGGGAGCAUGUAACCCUCCAGUGUGGUUUGGAGUGCGACUCUCGUCAUCCAUCACUGUUGACUGUGCUGACAAGGACUGAUGGGAGUCACAAUGAAACAACAUUUGGACCACCACAUGUUUUUCAUUCCAAAAUUAACUGCAAAUCCAUAUUAUCGUGUCACCUUAGGUGUAAAAUAGAUGCCAGCUGCUGGGCCAGAAUCCCAACCUAGGAUUUAGUGAGUCUGUUUCAAAGAGGCAAGAAGACAGACAAGAGGAAAGAAUGUCUCUCUCCCUUUUUCAUGACAUCUUCCAAGGGGAUCAUGGGCAGCACACUAUUGAUGAAGUUUAUGCCUGCAUAUGUACAUGUCUGGACUAUGUAAAAGGAGGCACCCAGUACCUUGUUCUGCAAGCAGAGGCGGUCCACCGGCGAGGCCAAUUAGGUGUUCACCUGUGGCGCAUUAUUACCGGGGGUGCUGUCGAGGCACCCCCACGUGAGCCAGGAGUCCCGGCCCGCCUAGGCCACUCCAUGUGGCACCAGGAUGAAGCAAUCGCUCUGCACAGUGCCAGGCCAAAGCAAUUGCUCCGCGCAGCACCAGGCAAUCGACCGCAGAGACGGGUGGGCCUUCCAUGUCCACGGGGCCGAUUGGAAUUUCUGCGCAUGCGCACAAGCCCAUUGACCAUGCUUUUUGGGUGAUGGACCUGUACACAUGCGCAGGCCUUCCAAUUGGCCCUAUUGGAAGGCCUGCACACACGCACAGGCUCAUUGCCCAAAAAGCAUGGUCGAUGGGUCUGUGCAUGUGCGUAGACCUUCCAAUCGCCCCCGCAGAUGGGUGGCUGGGCCUUCCGUGUCCACGUGCGCCGCCGUGCGCUCUCUCCAGGGGGCUGCCGCCGCAUGUAUUUUUCAGUGAUUUGUUUGGGGGGGGGGCAAAAUUCUGGUCUCCUACUCCCAAAAAUUACCUCGGGAUGGCUCUGUCUGCAAGGCCCACCCUAAUGCUCAGCUGCAUCACCCAAUCCACAAAUCAAGAGUGGGUAUGUGCCCAAAUUUGUUCCAGGUGCUCUUGAUCAUUGACUGAGAAAGAAGUAGCCUUAUACCGGAGACAAGAAGGUACCUUCAUCUCUCCUGGCUCAAGAGCAAUGAGAACAAGCCCAGAUACACCCCCACAGUCAGUCAGUGGCCAGGUCAAUGAGGCUGUUCCCAGUAGCUUCUAGCAGUUGUAGACUGGGGAAGGUAGCCAACACCUGCCAGCUCUGAUUACUACACUGGGAAACUCCACCACUGCAAUGUAGAUUCUCAACACAUUUCCUUCAGCAAUCCUACAACUUCAUCACAUGGGGUUUUUUUAGUGUCCUAGAGCACUUCCUCCAGUCCAGCGAUAGGUGGGCAUGCUUCCGAUCCCACAACACUGCUGGACUUCCAGCAGAGGCUCCACAAUGGGAGUGGAAGCAUCCUAGGAAGCUUUCCUCCAAACACAAGAGCUUGCCUGUGUAGUGUUGGCUCCAAUGAUCCAUGCCAGCAAUGGGGGAAGUGUCACCUUGAUGAAGUGGCAGGCCGGGUGACAGAGUCGCCCCUCGUCCCUGCCAUUUUAGCACAGAGGCUGGCAAAACGGCACAGGGAGGGGGAGAGAAAAGUCUAUUGAGCCACCACAUUGCUUGUGCUAUAUUUUCCCAAAAGCUCUGUCAUGAACAGGGCUUUUGCAUACCCCACCGGAACCAGGGUCCUGGAAAUCCUUAGAAUAGCAUUGUUUCAUUUAAACAGCAAUUGAUGUAGCAUUCAAAUAAAAAUAGCCAACAGGUUUUCAAGAAGCCUUUGAGCUUCUUGUUUUCUAGAAAAAGACUCCUGGUAUUGUAUUGGCCUCAUUUUAAAUCAAGGAUGAGAGAAGAAAAGAAAUCACACUAUCAGAAAGGCAUCAAUGCUUUAGGUCCUGGACACGCAGGCAAAGUUUGGGCAAAAAGCAUGUUCUACUGUAUAUUGUAGAUCCUUUGGCCCCAUUUGUGCUGAUAUUUUCCCUCUGACUUCUAUUGGACAGACACAACACUAGAGUAGCAAUCCUACUCGUUCUCUUUCCUUUUCAUUCAGUCAGAAACAACACUUAUCAGAAGUAAUCAAGAACAUAUCUGUACCUUCAGUAGCUGCUUAGAAAAGGGAGUUUCAACCAGUGCUUUCAUGAAUAGUUAAGGAAAGCUCUCUUUCUUUGCCAUGUUAUAAGGGGCAAAGGUGUAAAGGUAGUCAAAGCAAAAUAAAAACGAACAUCACUCCAGUCCAAUUAUAGUUGCAGGCAACUUUGGAUUGCAGAUAUAUAUUCUCAUUAAAAUCUAUACCUAGGUAAGUAGGGCUUUAAUGAACCUCACAGUUGAGAGACACUGAACACUCUUUUUAAGUAAUGUAUUUCCCCACUGUUCAGAUCAAGGCUUCUGGAUCAUUAUGAAAACUGAAGAACCUGUACCCACCUACAGGCAACAAAAUGCCACCACAGAUUUAUUAGAAUCAUAGAAUUGAAAAAGAUCACAAGAGCCAUCCAGUCCAACUCCAUGUGGUGGAAGCUCCUUCUUUGGAAGCUUUUAAACAGAGGCUGGAUGGCCAUCUGUCGGGGGGUGCUUUGAAUGCGAGUUCCUGCUUCUUGGCAGGGGGUUGGACUGGAUGGCCCAUGAGGUCUCUUCCAACUCUACUAUUCUAUGAUUCUAUGAACAUAGAAUUAAAGCAGAUGGCCAUUCACCUUCUACUUAGAAACCCCCUGAGAAGAAGACGCCACCACAUUCAGAGGCAUCAUAUUCCAUUGUCAAACAGCUCGUUCCAUCAGGAAGUUCUUCCUCAUGUUUAGGUGGAAUCUGGACCUGCAGGAAACAAGUCUUCAGUGCGACAUCCUUUCAAAGGCCUAAAUCGAAUAGUUGUUCCCCACUAGAGUAGACCCCUGAAUUAUUAGGACUUUGAUAAGCUAAAACUUCAUAUAGUCCAUCCUAACUUGAACUAGAGGGAGAAGACUUGUUUUCUGCUGCCCUGAACACUGGGACUCAGAGCAAUGGGUUCAAAUUACAGAAAAGGAGAUUCCACUUGAACAAUAAGAAGAACUUCUGACUGUAAGAGCUGUUUAACAGUGGAACUCUCUGCCUCGGAGUGCUGUAGAGGCUCCUUCUUUGGAGGAUUUUAAAGACAGGCUUGAUGACCAUCUGUUGGAGUAUUUUGAUUGUAUUUUUCCUGCAUGGGAGGGGAUUAAACUGAAUGGCCCAUACAGUCUUUUCCAACUCUAUGAUUCUGUGAAAAUUUCAAGCCCUGGCCACACAAUGUUCCACAUCAAGAUAAUUGUUUCUGUGCAAAAUUUCCCAUAUCCCCUCUCUCCUUGCUAUAUUGUGUAAUAGCGCCUGUUGCCAUAUCACUGGAAGCUAUUAACAGUUGUGAAUGAUGGGGAGAAUAGGCCAGAGUGGCAAUUGUGUGGUUCUCCAGCUGUGGUUGAGCUGUCACUCAUGAGCAUUUGUCUACUCCUGAAAUGUAGACAAAGUCCAUUAUAUUGUCAGAAACAAGAGAAGCUGACAAAGACUAAAUGACCAAAGCAUUUUAAACCCAAAUCAAUCAUCAGGAAAAUCAGAAUAAAUUAGUAAAGCCAAGUAUUUGGCUGGCACAAUUCGUUCAGGGCUAGGAUUGCCCGCGCAUAUUUUAGUUCCCUUUUUUUAGUUUGAGAACAUACAAAUAUAAAAAUAAAGUUUCAUGAGAUUGCAAAAGCAGAAGGAUUCAUCAGGCAAUAUUACAUUUUCAUUUAAGCAGCAAAAUAUUAUUUUGCCUAAUAUAGACGGAAACAACGUUUUUUUCUGUACAUAAUCAUUUGGUUUUCUUCCAAAAACUAAUGCUUCAGAAUUGUGUGGGUUUUGAAAAUGAACUAUUUCAUUGUGAAGUUGAAAACUGUCACAGAGAUCUUUGUAAAAAGCUUGUGUUUAUGAAGGAAUUUGUAUUAGAUAAUGGUUUGUGUGACUCACUGUAUUUUGUAAAAGGUUGAUUUCCCUUUGGGAAUUGUGUGUAUUUAAUGAGCAGUUUUAUGCUUCUAGUUUGUGUAUGUUGUGACUGAUGUGCUUUCGACUCUCUGUAAGGAAUAGAUUGAUAUUUGAUAGAUACUACCUGGUUGAGAUUUUCAUAUUGCCUAAACUAUUUGCAUAUAUUGAUAAAAUCCAUAUUGUAAUUGAACAGUGUGCCAAUGGUCAGUAAUAAUAAAAAUAAAAUAGUCCUUUAUUUUAGCUGAAUUUUGGAUCACGACUGAGAUUAACGAGUAACCCAGCCUUAAAUUUAAUGUUGUAUAUAAAAAAUGGUUCAUGACAACUCAUCAUUUGCUGUUUGUAAUGUUUCAGAGUUACCAUCAAUAAAAAAUUAAUCCUUCCAGUAUAAUUUAGGACUCAAACUCCAGCUUAAAGAGAGUUACUAGACUAUAGAUCUUCUUUUAAAUGCACAUUGACAGGACUUUAGUUAAAGACUCAAUAGCCAUAUAUUUAUAAGCCCAGUGCAUCUGGUCAAGUGUGAUUAAAUAAAAACAUCAUGCACAAGGAUUGUGCAUAAAUGUGGUGUUGCAGCUUUCAAAUUCUAACUCUUCAAGACCCAACUCUUUGGAUCCAGGUCCAUUUCUAGUGCUUAUGGAUUUUUAUUACAUGAGACAAAGUGACAUUGCAGCUGGACUAUUAUCUUUGGCGGCAAUCCCUAUCACAGGGUACGGUGUGCAUCCUGAUGUCAGUUUGCUUAUUCCCUGUGACUUUCCGAUUCCUGGCUAUUAAUGAGUAGAACCUGUCAAGAACUCCCAAUCGUAUCAUGUUCUCAUCACCUCCCUUCCACUUCUGUGCCAACAUGCUGGCAAUAUCAGGGGGUAGAAAUCUCCCCACCUCUCUGUUCUCAAGCUGUUUUUCUUUCUUUAUUUUUCUAUGUUUUAUACUUAUUUUUUACCUUUUCUUGUUUUUAAUACUGGGAUUGUACAACUGUGCUAAAAAAUAAAAAAUAAGGAACAGCAGUAGUGUGGGAAGGUGGAGUUAUGAAGGUAUGAAGAUUGCAGGACCACGGAUGAGUGAAUUGACACAAUUGUGGACAUAAAGAGGUGUGCAAUAUGGAGGGUGCUAAAUGCAGCAUGUAUCUCAGGGGUCCCCAAACUAAGGCCCGGGGGCCGGAUGCGGCCCUCCGAGGUCAUUUACCUGGCCCCCGCCCUCAGUUUUAUAAUAUAAUAUAUUGUAUAUACAUAUAAUAUUGAUAAUAAUAUUAUAAUGUAAUACAAUAUAACACUAAUAAUAAUAUUAAUUAUAUAUUCUAUAUUACAUAUACUAUUACUAAUAAUAUUACAUUAUAGUGGUAUAGUUCAACAUAGUAAUAUAUAAUGCUAAUAUUGUGCUAUGCUAAUAAUAUAUAUUGUAUGUACAUAUAAUUUGUAAGCCACUCUGAGUCCCCUUUGGGGUGAGAAGGGUGUGAUACAAAUGUAGUAAAUAAAUGCAGUAAAUAAAUAAUAAAUAAAUUUUAGACUUAGGCUCGCCCAAAGUCUGAAAUGACUUGAAGGCACACAACAACAACAACAACAACAACAACAACAACAACAACAACAACAACAACAACCCUGAUUAACUUGACUAUCAUUGGCCAGAAGCAGGACCACAUUUCCCAUUGAAAUCCUGAUAAAUGUAUGUUGGUUAAAAUUGUUUUUAUUUUUAAAUAUUAUAUUGUUCUUUCAUUGUUCUUGUUGUUGUUGUUGUUUUUGCACUACAAAUAAGACAUAUGCAGUGUGCAUAUUUGUAUUUUUUUUUUCAAAUGAUAAUCCGGCCCCUCAACAGUCUGAAGUAUUGUGGACCGGCCCUCGGCUUAAAAAGUUUGAGAACCCCUGAUGUAUCUGUUAUCAAUAAUAACACAAUGGAAUACUGGAUUCAUGUGAUACAAGCCUAUUUUGCAGCCUAGAAGAAGAUUCCUUUAAUAUCCAUAGUCAUAAAUCACACAUGAACAGCAAAUGAGGCAGUAAACUUUUUUUCUGAUCCCCGGGGAUUUUGGUGGAAGACUGCAAUGACUCGACGGUUUCUCUGCCUAAUAAAGAUUUUGCUCAAUCUGCCACUUUUCUGUGUGUAGGAAACUCCUCACUGGAAAGCUUUUCCCCAAUCCAGCAACUUGAAGUAGUGCAUGAUAGGUUCACCGAAAACAGAGACUAUGAAAUCCAAGCAAAUGAGAAAGAGAGCUGCCAGAAGUAACAGUACUUUCUACACCUUAUAUGUGACAUUUGAUCACCAUUAAUCUGAAUACAUGUUGCAAUGUGUGUAUCCAUUUUCUUGAUAUAAUAAUAACGAUAGUAAUAAUAGUAGUAGUAAUAAUAAUAAUAAUAAUAAUAAUAAUAAUAAUAAUAAUAAUAAUAAAGAAGCUUUGGAAAUCGUGAAAGAACAAAUUACAGCAACAGCCAGAAAAAUUGAAAGAUAUGAAGCCAGAAUCAUCCAGUACAGACAAAAUCAACUGUUUCAAUCAGACCAAAGACGGUUCUACCAGAGUCUGAACCAAACAACAGACACAGUAACCAUAAAGCCAGAGAAAACUGCAACAACAAAGUUCUGGAAAGAACUUUGGGAAAAUAAUAAAAACUACAACAAAAACGCUGGGUGGAUAAAGGAGUUUGAAGGAAAAUUCUCACAGAACAAAAUGGAACUGAUGGAAAUAACAACUGAAAUGAUCAGCAAACGAGUGCAAAAAGUCAAGAACUGGACAUCGCCUGGUAGUGAUCAACUUCAUGGAUUUUGGCUCAAACAUCUGAUUAGUUUACAAGGAAAAAUGGCCCAACAAUUCAAUGAGAUGCUGCAGAAAGGAAGUAUCAGUGAAUGGCUAACAACUGGAAGAACAUACCUGAUACAAAAGGAUCCAGCAAAAGGAGCAGCACCAGGAAACUACAGGCCAAUAACAUGUCUGCCCACUAUGUUUAAACUACUGACUGGCAUCAUAGCUGACAGAAUUCAAGACUAUCUUGAAGAAAAAAACAUCUUGCCAGAUGAACAGAAAGGCAACAAACGGAAAAGCAGGGGCACAAAAGACCAGUUAUUGAUUGACAAAAUGAUUCUGGAGAAUGGUAAGAGCUGAAAAGCUAAUCUUCACAUGACGUGGAUUGACUACAAAAAGGCCUUUGACUCACUCCCACACAGCUGGAUCAUCAAGUGCCUGGACGCCAUCGGGAUUUGUAAAACCGUUGGCACCUUCAUUGAAAACAUGAUGGAGCACUGGAAAACUGAACUGUUUGUUGGAAAUGAAAGCUAUGGACUUGUCAACAUCAGGAGAGGAAUUUUCCAGGGAGAUUCAUUGUCCCCUCUGCUUUUCAUUAUCGCCAUGAUCCCUCUGUCAACAAUCUUACAAAAAACAAAUCUCGGCUAUCAAACAUCUAAGAAUUCUCACAAAAUUUCACAUUUGAUGUACAUGGAUGACCUGAAGCUAUAUGGGAAAACGGAAACUGAAAUCCAGUCUCUGACCAACACUGUCCGAAUUUUUAGCACUGAUAUCAACAUGGAGUUUGGUUUGGACAAAUGUUCGACAGUGGCAUUGAAAAAGGGAAAAAUCAUUGAAAGUGAGGGCAUAAAUAUGCCCAAUGGCCAAACAAUAAAGUGUCACCAGCCAGAGGCCUAUAAAUAUCUGGGCAUACUACAGCUGGACAUCAACCAUGAACAUGUGAAAACUGUGGUCAGCAAAGAAUACACACAAAGGGUCAGAAAAAUUCUCAAAAGCAAGCUCAAUGGAGGCAACACCAUCAAGGCCAUAAACACCUGGGCCAUACCUGUCAUAAGAUAUACUGCUGGCAUUAUAAAUUGGAUACAGGUGGAACUGGACAAUUUGGACAGAAAAACAAGAAAACUCAUGACCAUUCAUCAUUCCCUGCACCUUCGCAGUAAUGUUGACCGGCUAUAUCUGCCUAGAAGAUCAGGGGGCAGAGGACUCUUACAAGUCAAACAAGCAGUCAAAGAAGAAGAACAUGCCCUGGCAGAAUAUGUAAAGCAAAGUGAAGAACCUGCUUUGAUUGAAGUCAAAAAUCAGAAACUCCUCAAAACACAGCAGACAAAAAAACCAGUACAAGAAAACCGCACUACAAACUAGAGCUGACAGCUGGCACAACAAAACACUGCAUGGAAAGUUCCUUGACAAAAUUGAAGGAAAAGCUGAUAAGGAGAAGACCUGGCUCUGGCUCACGAAUGGGACCCUGAAGAAGGAGACAGAAGGCCUGAUCCUUGCAGCCCAGGAGCAAGCCAUCAGAACAAAUGCAAUUAAGGCCAAGAUUGAAAAAUCAGCUGAUGAUCCAAAAUGCAGACUGUGCAAGGAAGCUGACGAAACCAUUGAUCAUAUCCUCAGCUGCUGUAAGAAAAUCGCACAGACAGACUACAAACAGAGGCACAACUAUGUGGCCCAAAUGA